AUGGAUGAUCUCGCGAGGGCCGAGUACCCGGCCAUGCUGGAGCACCUCCAGCCCAUGCAGGCCGUGAACGUCCUUACCGAUCGUGUGAAGAGAAUAAACAAGAUCAACACCGAGAUCGCAGACUGGUUGCAGGAACGCCGCCGAGUUGAAGAUCAAUACGUCCAAAGCCUCAAAAAAUUGCUCGCCUUCAAGGUCCCCAACAGCUCGUCUGAGCUUGGCGUCUUUUCCGGUCCUUGGGACAAAAUCCUCCAAUCCGUCGACUCAACUGCCCACUCCCACCACGUUUUCGCGAGCCAGCUCGAAAAAGAUGUCGAGGGUCCCCUGCGUAACUUCUCGUCCCGCAAGGAGAUGCAGAACAUGCAGACUAUCACCGCCAACUUGACCUCCAUGGCCCGAGACCUAGAAGAUGCCCAGAAGAAGACUGAAGCCUUGGCUCGAAAGGGCCCCAAGACGAACGCCCAGAAGAUGGCGGAUGCCACGGCGAGACUGGAGUCUACCACCCAGCAGUGGGAUUCGCAGGCUCCCUUCAUAUUCGAGACCCUCCAAGCCCUCGACGAGCAACGCGUCAAUCAGCUGCGCGACCUGCUGACGCAAUACGAGACCCACGAAAGCGACCAGGCGCAACGAAACCAGAGCCGCGCUGCUGACACCUUGGCUUCCAUGCUGGAGAUCAGCACCGAGCAAGAAAUCGCGAGCUUCAAGGAAAGGAUUCUGUCUGGCAGACCGAGGUUGGAGAAGAGGGCCACGGCGUCUAGACAAUCCUCUAAUGCCCCCACGAGCCAGACUCUGGCACCACCUCCACCGCCGCCCAGCAGUCUCGGCCACCACGACGAUGACGCAAGCGAACACUCCGGUCUGGGCGAAGGAAAGAGCGAGUCGAAGCUGCGAAGCCGAAUCGGCACGAUGCUCGGCCGCCGCCGGCAGAGCGUCCACGGCGGAUUCGGUCAGAUUUCUCCCGGCAAGGGCGGUGUCCCUUCUUUCGGCCGAGGCCUUAGCAGCAGCCAUAGUAGCACUCACGUUCGCCCCGGCCUUUCUCCCCGAGCAUCGUCGAAUAACCUGAACGAGACGAACAACCGCCUCUCCGCUCUUCCCGAAACACCUGACUCUCCCAGACCACCUCAGUCCUCCGGAACAGACGGGCCGCUCCAUGAAGGCACCAACGGCUUCAGCAACUUCCAAUCGGAUAGUGCUCGGUUGGGUUCUUCUGCUGGUCCCGUCAACGGAAAUCACGACACCGAUGCUUUGGAUGUUGCUCCUCCACCCGGUCCUCCCCCGUCACAGGGCAAGGAUUCCCAAGCCAAGGACGACGAAGGCUUCACGAUCCGGCCACCCGAUAAUGAUCCAAUUUCCCAGGCUCAGCGCGAGGCUGCCGAGGAAAAUGAGCAAAUGUUCAAGCUUAACAUUGCGAGCUCGCCUAUCGCCGAGGAGGAUGCCGAUGCCAAGCAAGCUGCCAUGUCGAAUGUCGCAAACACGCUGACCCAGAUGGCUGCUCCGUCACGCAAGCUAGGAACUGUUCGAGGACGUAGAGACGUGAGAAAUACCAUCUACGUCCCGCCCCCUAGCCUGCCUGAACCCGAGCUCACCAACGAAAACCCAUUCCCAACAUCGCCAUCAUUGCCAAGCCAGUCGUCCAAGCCCACGACCGUCGCUGCCCUCACAUCCGAGGCAAGCAUUGCCGCAACAUCAGACACGCAGUCGAUCCGCUCCGCAAACUCCCUCGUGAGCCUCGCGCACCUCAAGCAUCCCGAAAUGCACCAGCCUGGACUCAACGCCUCCGUCAUUGAAACGGUGUCCGCAACCUUUGAGGAUGGAACCGUCAAAAGCGCCAAGGUUCACGGUGAAAUCGCGUUCGCCUACCAUGCAACUGGUGAUACUCCGCAAGAACAUGAGACGAUCAGGAUCAACAAUUUCCCCAGCCUUGAAGUUAUUGGACCGAACCGUAUCUUUGUUCAAAACAGCCUCGGAAAGUCUGACGAAUUCAACUUGGACGUGUCGCAUCUCAACAAGACAUCCACAGCGUUUACGUAUAGAGUACACGCUGGCGAUGCCGACGGCUCUGGCUUAGCGGCGCAAGUUCCUCUGCUGAUCCGCCCGGCUUGGAAGCCGCAGGGCGACAAGCUCGGACUUCUCUUGCAGUACUCCCUGAACCCCGCAAGUAACCUUACAGCUCCUGUUACACUACAGAACGUCGUAUUCGUCGCCACGUACGAGGGUGCCAAGGCUUCAGGCGCCCAGACAAAGCCGACAGGAACGCACCUGAAGGACAAGCAUCUGGUAUACUGGCGCUUGGGCGACUUGACUCUCACAAACGAGACACAGAAGAUUGUGUGCCGUAUCGUGGGAGCUGAGAACGCGGAACCCAAACCUGGCCACAUUGAAGCCCGCUGGGAGCUCACCCCGGAGAUUCUGGGUAGCGGCAUCAGUAUUUCCCGCCUGGAAGAAACCAAGGGCAAGGGCAAGGAUGAAGAUGCCGACCCCUUUGCUGAUGACAACCCGACCUCGCCGGCGCUGCCAGCUGAUCAGCAGUGGGUGGACGUGAACUUGGUGAAGAAGAUUACUAGCGGCAAGUACGAGGCUAAGUAA